AUGGCGACUGCCAAACCCCCUUAUGACCCGAUGAAGACGGUCGAGGGAAUGUUCAUGGGCUCAGUAACUCGCAUCGCCUACGCCAUGAAAGAUCCCUUGAACUACGCGCAGUCAACAAAAGCAGUGCUCGCCGAAACCGCCAAAAAGUUCCAGGACGCCUUGGAUGACUGCGAGGUCCAGAUCCUCGAUGCAAAAUGGUAUCUCGAGCGUCAGCUGGCCUUGAACAAAGCCCGGCGCGAGGCCAAAGCAAGAGAAGACAGUGCCGCGAGCGCGAAAAGGAAACGCGAAGAGCCGAAAGACGCACAAGAGACAGCGCAGACCGCAGACGGCGAAAAUGCCCCCAAGCGCGUAAAGACACAAGAGCCCGAGAGUCCGGUGCAAGCGCAGCCAAAGCCCCAACAGCCUUCUCCAGCGCAGAAGCCAACUCCUUCACCGGCGGUCGCCGCACAUACCAACGCCGCGCAACCUCUUCCAGGGCCAGCAGAGAAGACCCCUCAACCGCCAGAUAAGCCCAGGGUGUCCGUGACUACAGACAUGAAGACAUCCCACCCCGCUGUCGUACCAGCUUCCAGGCCUCAGGAGAAGCCUCCCGAGACAGCGCAGCAACCCGAGAGUACAAUGACACAGACAACCACGGAGGAAUUUCCUAAGCCGACUCCACAAGACACUCCAGCCGAGGCCAACGAGGCUUUCAACUUUGAAUCGAUGUUCGGGGAACCGUCAGCAGACAUGAUGGAUGGAACCAACAACGACAUGAACUUCGACCUUGACAAUCUCGGUGACGGAUUUGGUGCGGACGCUUCACAACUCAACGUUCAACAAGAUGCUUCCUUAAGCUCCCUCCUGCCUGGCCUAGAAUCAUAUGCGAAUCAAACCGGCGAUGACGCGAAUUUCGGUAUGCCCGGAACGACGGCUAAUGGGCUACCUCCUCAAAUUAACGCCGGUGGCGGAAGUGCCGUCCGAGGCGCGAUGGGCGUCGACAAUAACGCAACCAACACCCAGAUCCAGCACCAGCAGCUACCCAAUGUCAGUGUUAAUGACUUUGGUCUUCCAGCCUUGGGUCCUAAUGAGUUCGACGAUUUCCUAAAUGCCAACGCCAUGAACUUCGACGAGAACGUUGGUCUAGGCAAUGAGAGUAUGACGAAUAUGGAUAAUAUGGAGAGCAUGGAGAACAUGGAGUUCGAUUUCGAAAGUAUGUUCAAGUGA